CUGGCGGCUCGGAGCUAACGUAGAAUUUCCCUUGUGGUCGUUGAAGUUCCCAUAUCAGCCGCGCUCUUGACAUGGAUGAGGAAGAGUGUGACCUGGCUCUACUUACUGAGCUACUGGAGGAAAAUGAAUCCGCUUUAGAAUAUAAUUCAGAGCAGACUGGCUUCUUGACAGAGGAAGCCAGAGAGCCUGAUGAAUUUGAUGAACUCUUUGAUGCCGAUAGUGACGGUGCAUCUUACAAAGAAGAGAUUGAUGAGCUUCUGGAGGUGGAAUCUGGAGAGCAAAAGGAAAAUGUGGCCACUCUUUUUGGAGACGUCAAUGACCUGACAGAUGAGGAGAAUGAAGAAGCUCAGGACACAGCACAGUCACCACGAUUAAGUCCCAUACCUCCACCAGCUCCUGGUCAAGAGAAAAUGCACCAGGAACUGCAAGAUGAAUUAAAGAAAUUGCAAGAGCAGAUGAAGACAUUACAAGAACAGCUCAAAAUGACUGCAAUUGGGAAGUCUGCAAGCCCGAAGCCUUCCCAGAAAUCCUCUGGUAAGCUUUCGCUCCUCCCUCUUAAGGAGAAGAAAGUUCAGAAGAUUCAGGAGUCAUCUAUUUUUUCUGCCCAGCUUGAUGUCCCUGCUCUGCCCAAACCCAAGCAAGUAGCCCAGAAGCCAAAGGUUUUACCUGCAGAGCUCAAGAGUCCUCUUUCAGGAUCAUUACCAAAUUCAUAUUCCCAGCCCCUCCGGUCUACUACUGGAAACAAGCCCAGUGGAGGGACUGGAACCUUGAAUUUAGGGACAUCUGGAACUUCAUAUGGAGCUGCUCAAACUGUUUCAGUGGAAAAAUUUACUGGACUCAGGUUAAGGCGGCCCCGAGUGUCCUCCACAGAAAUGGACAGGAAAAUGGCUGGCCGGAAACUGAUCAGACUAUCUCAGCUCAAGAACAAGUUGGCAAGUGAAAAAUUGGAAGAAAUGGACUGGGUGACAUUUGGGGUCAUAAUGAAGAAAGUCACACCUCAGAGUUCAAACAAUGGAAAAACCUUUAGCAUCUGGAGGCUGAAUGAUCUGCGUGACCUAAAUCAGAAUGUCUCAUUGUUCUUGUUUGGAGAAGUCCACAAAGAACACUGGAAGACUGAGCAAGGCACUGUCAUAGGAUUGCUUAAUGCCAACCCCAUGAAGCCAAAGGAGGGUUCAGAUGAAGUAUGUUUAUCUAUUGAUCAUGCCCAGAAGAUCUUAAUUAUGGGUGAAGCUCUUGACUUGGGAACCUGCAAAGCAAAGAAAAAGAAUGGAGAGCCUUGUACACAGAUCGUCAAUCUGAAUGACUGUGAAUACUGUCAGUAUCAUAUACAGUCUCAGUAUAAGAAGCUGAGUGCCAGGCGAGCGGAUUUGCAGUCUUCCUUCUCAGGAGGCAAAGUGCCAAAGAAAUGCGCUCGCAAAGGCUCUAGCCUGAAAGAACGACUGUGUCGGGACGGCUUUUACUAUGGAGGAGUCUCUUCAGAGUCAUAUGCAGCCUCAGUUGCAGCUACUGCCGCUCCUAAGAAAACUAUUCAGACCACUCUGACCAACUUGGUUUUAAGAGGCACUGAUGCAAUUGUCCAAGAAACUCGACAGAAACUGGGUCUCCCACAGAAGAAUCCGUCAUGUUCUGAGGAAUUUAAACAGUUAAUGGAUUUGCCUACAGUUGGAGCAAGAAACCUAAAAAAACAUUUGGCCAAAUCCAAAUCACCAGGAGCUCUGGGAAACCCUUGUCCUCCCAUCCAAUCUAUCCCUGCAUCGGCUUUGCUGAAACAACAGAAGCAACAAAUGUUGGAAAUGAGGAAAAAGAAAACAGAAGAAAUACAGAAACGAUUUCUUGAAAGUACAGCUGGAGUCAAAAGACCAGCUUCACUUUCCUCUUCAGAAAAGUCCCCUUUGCAGUCUCCAAGACCAGGGGCAGAAUUUCCCAAGGUGAGAAGAACCCUUGGCCCACAGACGCCCAAGCUUGGACGAGGAUUCUCAGAAGGUGAUGAUAUUCUCUUCUUUGACGAGUCCCCUCCACCAGGACCAAAGCUGAGUGCUUUAGCAGAAACUAAGAAGUUAACAGCUAUUGCCAAAUUGAGAGCCAAAGGCCAGAUCCUUACAAAAGCGGAUCCAAACUGUAUUAAACGGAAGCAAAAUGACCUUCAGAACGUCUUGGAGAUAACAGAGCGUGUGGAGAAAAGCACCUCAUCAUCACCAGCUGAUGACCUAGAACCUGCACAAAAGAAACGUCGAGAGCAACUGGCCUACCUGGAGUCUGAGGAGUUCCAGAAAAUUCUCAGAGCUAAAUCCAGGCAUACUUCGGUGCUGAAGGAGGCUGAGGCAGACCUACAGGAACGCUAUUUUGAACCAUUGGUGAAAAAAGAACAAAUGGAAGAAAAAAUGAAAAGUAUUAGGGAAGUGAAAUGCCGAGUGGUAACGUGCAAAACGUGCAACUAUACCCAUUUCAAGCUCUUGGAGACCUGUGUCAGUGAGAACCAUGACUACCACUGGCAUGAUGGGGUGAAGCGGUUUUUCAAGUGCCCCUGUGGAAAUAGAAGCAUAUCUCUUGACAGGCUACCUCAAAAGCACUGCAGUAAUUGUGGCCUCUUCAAAUGGGAAAGGGAUGGAAUGCUAAAAGAGAAGACUGGGCCAAAAAUUGGUGGAGAGACCCUAUUGCCAAGAGGAGAAGAACAUCCCAGAUUUUUGAAUAGUCUUAAAUAGCCCUGGUUUCAGUAGUUAACACCUACCUCCUACCUUGCUUCUUGUGUCUCCAGAAAAACAACCUAUUGUUUCAAUAUUGACCAUAAAUGGAAACUUGUAAAAAAAGAAGGUUAAACAUUUUUUUUUUUAUAAAAAAGAAGGUUAAGCCAAAAAGAAACACCCACUUGCUUGCUUUCAUUGGAUUGGUCUGAGUACUGAUAUUGACAUUUAAAAUAAGAGAUGAAGACAGAGGUAUUUCCUGUUUUGUUCCCAGGGACUGAUGUCUAAAUUACUGGAUUCAGCGAAGGCACACUUUCCAACUAGCACAUGCAAUUUAAACUGAGCUAUCUGCCUUCUCCUACAGGAUAAGAUGUUAGAUAUCAGGAUAAGAGGGUUUCCUAGUACUUAUUGAACACCCAGUGGUGAAAUAAACUGAUCCAUUCCUGCCUCUGGCCUAGACUAUUUUUUUUUUUAAUUACACUCGAAGUAAAAAACAGUUGGUUAGUUUUUCUUCCUGUUGUCUGUUUUGUGACCUUGAUCGUCUUUGAACUUCUUUAUUUCUCAUGCUCUGCACAAGGGCUCUAAAAAUAAUAGUCUCCUCCCUCUCCAAGACUCUCAGUGAAUGAAUGGAUGAAAAAGCCUUUUAAAUACUUACUAUAUGCAAAAAAAUACUGGAGCGGUUUUGAUUCAAUGAACAGCAUACUUUUUAUGGCUGAUCAGACUGUGCUACAGAAAGAGAUUAUGUUUGUUUUUCUCCAAAAAGAAAAAGGUCGAUGAAAUUUAAGAACCUCCAACCCUGUCCAAUACAAACUGAAGAAUUGUUAAAUAUAACUACUGAAAGCAAAUAACUCAUUUCCUGUAGAAAUUUGUUUACAUGGGAUUAAAACAAGAGGGACCAACUGUACAUCUAGAGUUAGGGACCUUGAGCUAUGAGAUUCUGGAGAACAAAUUCAAGUUCUUCAAAAGUUACCAAAUUGCUCUAAUUCGUAUAGCAGUAGGUAGAUGCUUUGUUUCUCUUGAAGUCAUAUAUCUCAAAAACAAUACUCUGGAAUGUCACAUCUUCAAGAAGAUGUUUUUUAUUGUCUACUAAUGAAGACAACUAAUCAUUUAUCUCCGCUCACUGAGUCAAAAAAAACACUAGGAAAUACUGAAGCAUUUACAAAGUCGUUACAAAGGCUCAUUUCAAGGGAACGUGCCAUUCCAGCCUCUGGAUUAAAGCAGCUGAGUCCUUGGAAGCAUUUUGCAGGCUCAUCCUUAGACCUUGAACGCAACCUGGCAUUUCGAAGAUCCUAGUGGCCCUUAGGAACACUCGGUUGCUCCACAGCAAACCUGUUUUUCCUUUGAGCAAAACGAAAGACCACAUGGACUGGAGAGAACUCGUUGUUGUUACCUGGCUUAUGGUGCUGGCCUUUAGUCUUAGUGGUGAUAACUGAUAAGAAUUGAUGUUGGUGGAUAUUGAUAAUAAUAAAUGGCCUUAGCUAUUGAUGAAGGCUGGUAUUAUUGACUUGGGGAUCCCGUGUUUACUCUCUGUAUGAAUAUUCAUACAGUAGUAAUAAGAACCUUACCUCUCACUACAAGUAUGAACCACACAACUCCCUUAACUUUAUUCUCUGCAAAGUGUAUAAAAUGU